CCCACUCUGCUGUUCCCACCCCAGGCUCACCAGCAGCUCCCUUGCCCUCCAGUGCACAUGAGAGCCCCCCUCUACGGUCACCUGGGGUUGCCUAGAGCCCCUCCUGCCCCAGCCAUGGAUCAGAGUGUUGCACUGCCCUCCGGUAUGGCUCGAGUUCCACCUAGUGCUACCACUAACCGUCCUAUCACAAGGCCGAACCAGGCUUCCAGGCCACCGGCCCCACAGCCCACCAAUGUGUACGAUAGAAUCGUAGAUCGGCUCAGCGUCAUGUUCCCUCACUAUAGCAGGCCUGUGCUUUCCAAGUUCAUUGGGGAGAUGCGCACAGCCAACAGAGGCUGCUUGAACUCCCUGUCCUACCAGGAGGUCAUCAACAGAGUGGCCCAGCUCAUCCUGGACCACCAGGACUCCACCAGAGAGCAGCUGAGCAGUGCUGGUAUGGGUGACACUGCUGGGCCCCCUUCGCGCUCUGACUCUCCAGCCUCUGUCCACUCUACUGGACCCCCCGCCCAUGUCUGGAAGAGUGUGGGUGCCCAAGGACACUCCAAGUCAAAGGCGUUGAACAUGGAGGAUCCCUGUAUCAUCUGCCAUGAGGACAUGUCCCAGGAGGACCUGUGUGUGCUGGAGUGCAGACACAGCUUCCACAGAGAGUGUAUUAAGUCGUGGCUGAAGGAGCAGAGCACCUGUCCCACCUGCAGAGAGCACGCUCUCCUGCCCGAGGAUUUCCCUCUGCUACCUGGCAGAAUACGCAGGGGCCACACGCCCGCUGCUUUCUCUUAAACACCCCCAGCUACCAACCCCCUUAUGCCUGAAUUCUAAACACAGAUUGAUUCCCAGUAUAUGCUCAAUUUCUGUCAGAUGUGGUGAUAAAGAAAUUGGACGAAAGUCAGGUGCGAUGGACCAGUUAUCGAGCGAUCUCCUUACUAUGAUUAUAUUGGUUUAUACUCCAUCAUGCAAUGAAUGUUGAGCUUUUUAUUUUGCGUCUAUCGUAUGUGCCAUUAUAUUGUUUUUACUUAAGCAAUUUUUUUUGUAGUAGACAACGUUUGUGUUAAAUAUGUUCAUAACCAUCAAUCACAGCGUUGUCAUCAGACACAUGUUUGAGUAAGUAGUGGUUUAGUUGGGCCUGGUGUACUUUAAGUGUGGUUAUGGGUUGAGCUAAUUCUGAAAGUCUUAAGAUUCUUGUGCCUGGUGUAAUAAAGUUUGAUUGCCAGUUACUUUGUUUGAAAAGUUGGAACUGGAGGAAAGAACCAACUGCAAUUUAAAAAAUAUUUACCACA